UUCAUACACCACAGCAUACACCAUGACGGACAGGCAAACGGCAUACUCGAUUAGCAUCUUUGGCAGCCAGGCGGGCAAUGAACGUCAGGAUGGCACCUCCCCUUCGCGUGUCCAGCAACAGCUGGUCGACUUUAUCAUGGAUUUCCAUCUCGACAACGUCUUCCUCUACAGAGACCAAAUUCGCGAAAAUGUACUCGUAAAACAGUACUACUGCAAUAUCGACAUUGCACACUUGAUCUCGUACGACGAAGAGCUUGCGCACAAGCUUCAGCAAGACCCUGCCGAAAUCAUACCUCUUUUCGAAGCAGCACUCAAGACAUGCACACAACGUAUUGUCUAUCCCUCACAACGAAACAUCAAGUUGCCUGAACACCAGUUACUGCUUCACUCGUCUGCCUCGGAGCUCUCCAUCCGCGAUCUCACAGCGAACAACGUCUCGCAUCUUGUCCGCAUACCCGGUAUCAUCAUCGGCGCCUCCACACUCUCCUCGAAAUCCACAGCACUGGCCAUUCGAUGCCGAAACUGUCAGCACGAAGAGAUGAUCCCUGUAUCAGGCGGCUUCGCUGGUGUCUCGCUCCCACGAACAUGCGCACGACAGGCAGGUGAGGGCGACGACAAGUGCCCUCUGGAUCCAUACUACGUCAUGCACGAGCGUUGCCAGUUCAUUGACCAGCAAGUGCUCAAGUUGCAAGAAGCACCUGACCAGGUGCCUGUAGGAGAGCUACCUCGACACAUCAUGAUUUCGGCAGACCGAUACCUCGCCAACAGAGUCGUUCCGGGUGCACGAUGCACAGUCAUGGGUAUCUUCUCGAUCUACCAGCAGAAGGGUUCGAAGAAGUCGUCCAGCGCCGCAGUCGCCAUCCGCAACCCCUACAUCCGUGCAGUGGGCAUCCAUACAGACGUCGACCAUACGAACAAGGGAAACGCUGUGUUCACAGAAGAGGAAGAGCAGGAGUUUUUGGAGAUGAGCAGAAGACCGGACAUCUACUCGGUCUUCGCCAAGUGCAUUGCGCCCUCAAUUUAUGGAAACGAGGACAUCAAGAAGGCCAUUGCGUGUCUACUGAUGGGUGGCUCCAAGAAGAUCUUGCCGGAUGGCAUGAAACUUCGUGGCGAUAUCAACGUUCUACUUCUGGGAGACCCCGGUACAGCCAAGUCUCAGUUGCUGAAGUUCGUUGAGAAGGUGUCACCGAUUGCCAUCUACACAUCCGGAAAGGGAUCGUCUGCAGCUGGCCUGACAGCGUCUGUUCAACGUGACCACACUACACGCGAGUUCUACCUCGAGGGUGGUGCUAUGGUGCUAGCAGAUGGUGGUGUUGUUUGUAUUGAUGAGUUCGACAAAAUGAGGGACGAAGAUCGAGUGGCGAUUCACGAAGCCAUGGAGCAGCAGACCAUUUCCAUUGCCAAGGCUGGUAUCACAACAAUUCUGAACUCGAGAACAUCAGUACUGGCAGCUGCCAAUCCUAUCUUCGGACGCUACGACGAUAUGAAGACUCCUGGCGAGAACAUCGACUUCCAGACCACCAUUCUGUCGCGUUUCGACAUGAUCUUCAUCGUCAGAGACGAACACGAUCGUGGCCGCGACGAGAGAAUUGCCAAGCACGUCAUGGGUAUCGCUAUGGGUGGACGAGGUGUCGAGGAGACUAUCCAAGCUGAGAUCCCGAUCGAGAAGAUGAAGCGCUACAUUACAUACUGCAGGCAGAAAUGUGCGCCCCGUCUCUCGCCUGAGGCUGCCGAAAAGUUGAGCUCGCACUUUGUCAGCAUUAGGCGGCAAGUUCACGCAUCCGAGAUGAACGCGAACCAGCGAAGCAGCAUUCCAAUUACUGUUCGUCAGCUGGAAGCCAUCAUCCGUAUCACAGAAUCGCUGGCCAAGCUUUCAUUGUCACCUAUUGCCGACGAAUCGCAUGUCGACGAAGCCAUCCGCCUAUUCCUUGCUUCAACAAUGGAUGCAGUCGCACAGGGCGAGGGUCAGAGCUCGAAGGAGCUGAUGGACGAGACAAACAAGGUCGAGGAAGAGCUGAGGAGACGUAUGCCCAUCGGGUGGCAAGUCAAUCUGUCUUCGCUUAAGCGAGAGUUUGUUGACGGAAAGGGCUACUCUGAGCAAGCUCUUGCGCGAGCACUGCACGUUAUGGCGGCCAGAGAGACCAUCAGAAUGCGGCACGGUGGAAGCGUUGUAUUCAGAGCAGGCGCUUAAGCGUGUUGACUUUGUUGUUGGGUACGAUGUCAUGAAGGAAGUCGCUAUGUAAGUACGUCACGCCGGCGUUUUGGAG